CCCUUUGGUCACCUAUAUAUAGUACUAACUCAAAACACAUAUUACUCAUUCCAGCAGCCUUUGUUACCUCUGAUCAAAGCAGCUGCCUGAUCAAACCAUACAUAUAUAUAUAUAUAUAGAUAGAUAGAUAGAUAGAUAUGAAUCCAGUUAUGGAAUGGUCAUGGGGAAUAGCUCUGGCAGUGGCAGUGCUUGCACUUGCUUAUCUCCUGCAAGCAGCAGCCUGGCUUAGGCGGAACAAGAAGAACAGCAGAUUGCCUCCAGGUCCAAAACCUCUCCCAAUUCUGGGUCAUUUUCACUUGCUGGGGAAGCUUCCGCACCAAGACCUGCACCGGCUGGCCCAGGAAUAUGGCCCCAUCAUGUACCUGCGCUUCGGCUUCGUCCCCAACAUCGUCGUCUCGUCUCCGGAAGCCGCCGAGCAGUUCCUCAAGACCCACGACAUUGUCUUCGCCAGCAGGCCGCCUCACGAGGCAGCCAGGUACAUAUCCUACGACCAAAGGAACAUGUCCUUCGCCCCAUACGGCCCCUUUUGGCGAGACAUGCGAAAGCUUUGCACCUUGCAGUUGCUCAGCGCCCACAAGAUCGCGUCUUUUCGAUCCAUGAGGAAGGAGGAGCUUGACAUUUUGAUCGACAAAAUCAAGCAUGCGGCUCAGGAUCGCAUUACAGUCGAUCUGAGCGCUAGCGUCUCAUCCAUGAGUGCGGAUAUGAGCUGUCGGAUGGUGUUCGGGAAGAAGUACGAGGAGGAGGAGUUCGACGAGAAGGGGUUCAAAGCUGUGAUUCAAGAGGCAAUGAGGUUGGCAGCUCUUCCAAACAUUGGUGACUACUAUCCCUACAUUGGGAAGCUUGAUCUGCAAGGGCUAAAUCGGCGGAUGAAGGAUGUAAGCAAGGUGUUUGAUGGAUUCUUCGAGAAGAUCAUAGACGAGCAUGUUCAAGCUGGGAGCCGAUCAGAGCAGAACAAGGAUUUUGUUGACAUCUUGCUAGCCUUCAUGGAAUCUGAACAUGCUGAGUUCCCUAUUGAUCGUCGCCACGUCAAAUCGGUGAUGUUGGACAUGCUGGCAGGCUCCAUGGACACUUCAGCAACAGCAAUUGAUUGGAUCCUCUCAGAACUCCUGAGGCAUCCGCGAGUGAUGAUGAAAGUCCAGGAUGAGCUUCAACAACUGGUGGGCAUGGAGAGAAUGGUGGAAGAAUCCGACUUAGACAAGUUGGAGUACUUGGACAUGGUGGUGAAGGAAGCCUUCAGGCUGCAUCCGGUGGCGCCGCUGCUGAUCCCACACGAAGCCACCCAGGACUGCACCAUCAACGGCUACCACAUACCGCAAAAGGCCCGACUCACCAUCAACGUAUGGGCAAUUGGUAGGGACCCAAAUGCGUGGACUGAUCCGGAGAAGUUUGUGCCCGAGAGAUUUGAAGGGAGUUCAAUCGAUCUACGGGGCCGAGACUUCCAGCUGCUGCCGUUCGGGGCGGGCCGAAGAGGCUGCCCGGGGCUGCAGCUGGGACUGUUGAUGUCCAAGCUGGUGGUAGCGCAGCUGGUGCAUUGCUUUGAUUGGAAGCUGCCAGAUGAUGCGCUGCCCACGGAUCUGGACAUGACUGAAGAGUUUGGUCUGGUUACCAUCAGGGCCAAGCAUCUGCUGGCUAUUCCCACCUGCCGCCUUCACAAAUAAUUCAUCAACCUCAAGUCUCACUUAACGAGCUUUUCGGAGUUUUCGAGGUUAACCAUGUCUCUGCUUCUGCCUUAAAAUCUAGCACGACGACCACGCAGAUUAAACGACUUACAUGCUGCUCACUAUAAAUGUAGAAGGGUAAAGAUAUCAUACAUCACCAUCUUAGCACAGAAAAUAUAUAUAUCAGGCACGAUAGCAUAACAAUGCGAGUUACUCUGCUACUUUUUGCAGCUUUUCUACAAGAAGUAAAGAAACAAUAUUAUUUUCAUUUCUUGUUUGGUAAUUGGUAUCGCUCGUUC